AUGGGAGGGGAGGGAUAUCUACUUGGUUUUCCAAACGAAGCUCUCAUAGGUCGACACAUCUCGCGUUCUACGUUACAGACCAAACUGCAACAAGCCGAAGAGGAAGCCUCGUCCGCUCGUAAUGAAGUGACAAAUUUGCAGAAGCGGAUUGUAACUUUACAGUCCGAUCUUGACAAUGUCGAAUCUGUUCAGGCUGAUUUUGUCCGACUGUCUCAGAAUCUACAAGUUCAACUUGAACGCCUUCGUCAACAGGACCACGAAGUUCGUUGGGUCGAUCCGGAAGAUGUGAGCUCGUGCUUUGCCUGUGACUCGUCAUUCGUGGCAGGAUCCGGACCCACUGAACAAAGAAAAGCCAAUUGUCAUCAUUGUGGCAAAGUGCAUUGCUCCAAGUGCUUGCAGAACACAAUGCCCUCCGGCCCUCUCGGUCGUCAAGUUCCUGUAUGUAGCGUGUGUUAUACACUCCUUAACAAACAUGUCGCACCCUACUUCAGUACCAGUUUCCAAGACCCGUCAACUGGUGCUCAGAUUCGCGUCAGUUCCCCCAACAUGCGUCGAAACAGUCCGAGUAAAGCGAAUAGUCCAUCGACACCUUUUUCCAAAACCAAGAAUAAAUCCGAUUCUCGCUCUCCGCUCUCGGCUCGAACCAAAUCCACAUCCGAUGUACCGAAGAAAGGCCCUUAA